UACGGACACGUCGUUACACGCGCCACCAAACUGCCCAUCGCUGCGCAUGCUUAUUGAGUCAGUAGUAAGGUUUUCGUUUCACGGGAUCCACCUGUGACAAUUUGUUGUUUGAGAAGAAUUCGAAAUAUUUGAGAAAACGGCGCGGAAAAUGUCAGGAAAAUCAAAGGCAUUUACCAAAGAAGAAGAACUGCUUCUUCAAGACUUCUCGAGAAAUGUAUCGACAAAAUCAUCAGCUCUUUUCUAUGGCAAUGCUUUCACCGUUUCAGCUAUUCCCAUCUGGCUCUUCUGGAGGAUCCAUCUAAUUGAUAUUUAUGCCAACUUAAUCUCCUUUGUUUUAGUUACGUUAGCCAGUACAUAUGCACUCGCUCUUGCAUAUAAAAAUACCAAAUUUAUUCUUAAACAUAAGAUUGCAGUUAAAAGACAAGAUGCGGUGACUAAGGAGAUGAGCAGAAAAUUGGCUGAAGAUAAAAAAAUGAGCAAAAAGGAAAAAGAUGAAAGAAUUCUGUGGAAGAAGAAUGAAGUUGCAGAUUAUGAAGCCACUACCUUCUCCAUCUUCUACAAUAAUGCUUUAUUCCUGGCACUUGUAAUUGUAUCUUCGUUUUACAUUUUGAAAACAUUUACUCCAGCUGUUAACUACAUAUUCUCUGUCGGCGCGACGAGCGCAUUGCUAGCGCUACUAUCAACCGGUAGUCAAUAAUAUGUACAAUGUGGGAAUAUGUGACUGUAAUCAUACUAUGCCAGGUGGUUCUGUGAGAAUCUGGAAUGCAUCUUUUGAUAUGAGUGAAUGCCUACAUGUAAUAAAAUUUUUUCUAUUUAUAAUAUAUUAAUUAUUUAGUCCACCCUAGAAAACGUUGAAGAUUAAAUAGAAAACUAGACGGAGAUUUAUGUUAAGUUACGAUUGUGUGUAUUUUAUGUUUAAAUGCACAAUGAAUGAUUAAUUGUA